AUGAGAUUUGAAUUAAAGAAGGUUUUUUUGUUUGCUGGAUUCUUCUUGUUGGGUGCUAUCAUUGUACUAAUACCUUGUGUUGUUGUUAUUGCUCGACGUUCCUCGAAUGAAUGCCCAGCUCCAACCACGCCUUCAGUGACAACGUCUGCGAUGACAACAUCUUCAAUGACGACACUUCCAUUGAUAACAUCUUCAGUGACGACGCCUUCAAUGACAACACCUUCAGUGACGACAUCGUUAGUAACGACAACAACAUCUUCAAAUCCAACAUGGAAUGCUAGUGAUUAUCAAUCAAACAGUGAUUACUAUAAUUCAUCGGUAAAUCCACGUAACUUUGAUCAAUCGGAUAAUCUUCGUUUGGAUCGUCUUUCAUCACCUCAAUUUCGUCCAAUUAAUGGAAAAAGUAUAAUCUAUUUAAGACGACAAUAUCACAUGCCUGAUUUACGUGGAUCAACAACAACUUUGCAUUGGCUUGACAUAGAAACGAAUAAGACUAUUCAAUUGACACGACCAAUUUGGGGCAAACAUGAUCAACAAUUCUUUUGGAUAGAUAAUAAUACAAUUCUAUUUUUAUCUAAUCGAGCAUCAACAGGUCUUAAUCAAAUUUUUCAACUUACACUACCUGAAAAUGUAUCACAAACGAUUGAUUUCAUUGAUCCAAUUCAAAUAACAAAUUAUCCAUUGGAUAUUGAUAAUCUUUUAGUCAAUCGACAAGCAACACGUCUAGCAUUUAGUUGUCAAGUCUAUGCAAAUUUAACUAUUCAACAAACUGUUGAUCGACAAUUGACUGAGCAAGCUAGUGGUCGUUCGAUUUAUCAAUUCGAUAAAUUAUUCGUUCGACAUUGGGAUGAAUACAUGACAGGUCGACGUCAUCAUCCAUUUCUUGUUCAAAUCACACGACAAACUAAUGGAAUAUUCAACUUUUCGUCAGAACCAAUUGAUAUACUUUUUCCUCUAGAUAGUGAUUCACCAACACGACCUUUCGGUGAUGCUAAAGCUCAAUGGUCAUUUAGUGCAUCUGGCAAUUCAUUUGCAUAUACUCGACAAUAUGAUGAAACGAGUGAAGUAGCUUGGACAACCAAUUUAGAUAUAUGGACAAUUGAUUUGACUACACCUGGACAAUCGAGUGUUUGCAUUACAAAAGAAAACUUGGCAACUGAUACCGAUCCAUCUUAUUCACCAACAGAUAAUAAUAUAUUGGUCUAUCGAUCACAUUCAAUUCCACGUUACGAAUCUGAUCAAUUCAAAGUUAAAGUAUACAAUGGAUCGAAUACAAAAAUAACUCUUCUCGAUAAUUGGGAUCGAAGUAUUCAAGCUCUGACAUGGUCUCGUGACGGUCAAUCUCUUUAUCUUGAAACUGGUGAAGAAGCAGAAAAUGUUAUUUACUAUAUAUCCAAUAUAUUUACAAAUCAAACGAUUGUUCCUUUAACUAGAAAUGGUACUUCGCACAAUAUCAAUCUUCAUCCUAUCGAUGAUCAAAUAUUUGUCUUCACAUAUGAAAGUAUUCUCGAGCCGGCAAAUAUAUAUUUAUAUUCAUCAAGUGAUUCGAUUCGACCCCUCACUAUUCAUAACAAAGUUCUAUUGAGUAAAGUAAAAAUGAGUACUGUAGCCGAGAAAUUUUCGUUUGCUGGUGCUAAGAAUGAUACAGUUUGGGGAUGGCAUAUACCCCCACAGAAUGGCACAAACAAUUCAGCUCCACUUGCUUUUCUCAUUCAUGGUGGUCCACAAAGUAGUUGGUACAAUGCAUGGAGUUAUCGAUGGAAUUUUCAAUCGUUUUCUUCUCAAGGCUACGCUGUUAUUGCUAUCAAUUUCCAUGGUUCUGACUCAUAUGGACAAAAUUUUACAGACAGUAUUAAUAGUAAUUACGGUUCUUUACCUUAUGAAGAUCUUCAAUUAGGACUUGAUUAUGCUCUGACCAAUUAUCCUUAUAUUGAUUCACAGCGAGCUACAGCACUGGGUGCUAGCUAUGGUGGAUAUAUGGUCAAUUGGAUUGCUGGACAUCCAGAGAUGAGUCUUCGUUUUAAAACGUUCGUCACUCAUAAUGGUGCACUUGAUACGAGAUCUAAGAGUUAUUCCUCAGACGAACUAUGGUUCACUGAGUACGAUGCAGGAAACUUCACUCCAUGGGAUAAUCCCGAUGCGUUUGAAAUCUAUAACCCAGUCAAUCAUGUUGCAAAUUGGACACAGCCAAUGUUGAUUAUUGUUGGUGCUCGGGACUAUCGUAUACCAGAAACACAAGGAAUCGGCACCUUCACAGCUUUGCAGCGCCGUGGUAUUCCAAGUCGAUUGCUAUAUUUUCCCACCGAAAACCAUUGGAUAUUAAACCCGCUCCAUUCUGUUGCCUGGUAUGAAGAAGUACUCGGUUGGAUGCGCAAAUACACCAGCUAA